UUCGUCCCUACUUUCCUGCGCUCUCUGUUCCUCUUUUCUCUCUUUUAGAUCUUGCUUGAGUGCUCCUGCCACGUUCGGUAGUUCUUUCUCCUUUAGAUCGACUUCUUUAAUCAGGCGCCACCGCAGUUGUCUUCCGCGAGUAACCUUAUUCUCUUCUACCUUGGCUUGAAAAGGUCCCCAUCCAAACAGCGACAAUGUCGCUCACAGCUCCCUACUCAAAUGCCAUGCGCAUUGGCCAGGGCUUCAACACAUACACACAGGAGAUUCGCUUGGAGAGCGCUGUUCGAGUUGGAUCGAGUAACAAGCCGAAAAACCCAACGGGCAGUCUUGAGCCGUCGAAGACGACCACAGCGCCAUUAUCACCGCCAGUCACUCCGGAGACUUCUGUUACCCCCGAUCCGCUCGGAGAGAUCCCUACCGUGGCUAUCAAUGGGGUCCAAGCCAGCUCAUCAGACGCAGCUGGUGCCUCAAGCAAUCCGUCGCCCCCAACCACACCGGGAUUAGGCAGCGCGAUCGAUGUGAUAUCGGCUCCAUCUGGCGAGUUACCUUUCGAGAUUCCAGUUGGUCCUACUCCAACUACCAGCCAAAGUGUCACAUACUCGACACGUGCGAUCGAGAAUGUGAGCGAUAUCAUGGACGCACUAAACAUUUCGACGUCUAUGUCCAUCAAAUACGGGACGAUCCACGGAAACGGCAACGCUUCCUUCGUGAACGAGAACAAGGUCCUAGACAGCGAGCUCAACUACAUCGUCAGUGUCAUAGUCAACAAUGAUGCGCAAGCUGCAACAGAAGAGAUGGAAUUCCAGGAUAUCCCCGGCCUGCCACUUGACAGGUUCACAGAAGUCUACGGCGACUGCUUUAUCUCCGGAUUUACGGAGGGCGGCGAGUUCAGCGCCGUUAUUUCCAUUAAGCUCAACGACAAGAGCAAGUACAGGGCCGUCAAGCAGGCCGUUGACGUUCAGCUCGCGGUCGGGCCACCCACUCUCGAAAUCGGUGCUAGUGAAGCACUGUCCAAGGAGCACAGCGAGGCUUUGAGGAACACUGAGAUUUCGAUAUCGGUCAAUUGGGUCGGCGGAGGCGAGAUCAAGAAGCCGAAAGUCCCCUGGACGAUCCAGAGUGUCGUCGCUGUCGCGAAUGCCUUUCCGUCCAUGGUUUCGCGAUCCUCUGCGAGAACACAGGCCAUAUUGACAAGAUACACUUCCCUCCGGUCUUUCCAGGCCUGGAAGUGGAGUAGACUUCUUGAGCAGCGCCGGAUCUGGGAGAGUGAUCCAAGGAAUCAGAAAGGAGGUGAGAAUAACAAGGAUGGCAAGGAACGAUAUGAGGAACCGGUCAUCAUCCUCAACUAUGUUCCAUGCUCGCUCUAUACUGCCGAACUUUUCGAUGCAUUGAUGAAUUACAAGAAGCUAUGGAAGCGGAUCGGCGACAUGCUCCAAAAUCCGUCGCAGUACAAAAUGAGGCCCAACUCACGAAGGAGGGCAACCAACGAGUUGAAGGGAAAGCCCACGAAUAAGAAGCCCUCUCCCGUGUUGACCAAAGACCUGAAGCAGGCCAUUAUCAGCAGUCCUAUCUCUGGCGGCGAAUCUCCUUGCGCGGAUAAAGCGAUCGAGUCUUUGGGAAUGGAGCGCGCCUUCACUUUCGCGGUUGAAGAGGGGGCGACUGGUUGGAAUCUGGUGGAGAACAAUAUGUGUCAGGAUCCUAUUCCUCCCGAGCCUGUGGCGCUGAACGAGGCUCGCUUGCUAUGCCGUGAGGCGAUGACUUUGAUCACGGAGGAGGUAAGUGUUCGGGCAUCUGAAUCCAACCACGGCCCCUUGUACUCACGAUGUUGUGAUAGGCUUCACGACUGGUAGACCACCCCCACCUCGCCUACGCAGAGUACGACUCGAAGACGAAAUCCACUCGCAUGAAGCGCCCGAAUUACGCCUAUCCCCAUGUGCUCAAAGAGCGACUGCCCAUUCCUAUCCACAAUGACAUCGUCUCGGACCUCUCGACAGAUGGCGCGUACCUCAAGACCGUCGCGUAUGCACUGGAAGACAACAUGUGGUUUGAGCCAGACAUGGUUGGCGACCCAAAGGCCACAGACUCCGACCUGAAGGAAAAGUUCGGCAUCGGAGGCAAGUACGAAGACUUUAGCACCCUGGAGCUCACCGAGCCCCGGGGACCAAA